GGAACUUUUACCGAGGUACUUUCCAUAAUGUGCAGAUGGGUGCUGUUCUUUGCCUCGUAAUUCCAUAGCAAAAGCAUUGAGCAAGUCUAGGUUUGAACACUGUGUGUGCAGCUGAAUGCGUGACGUCAUCAAUCCAAGAUGGCAGCUCAGUAAUGUGUUGGAAGUUCGGGUGUUACAGUACAAAUUACAAUUCGAGGCCUUGUGCUGGAUCAAACUCUGCUUCUUCUCGUCUGCACCCACCCAAACAAAACUUUGAAUGAUACAAAGGGCAUAUGAGCUAUGAGACUGAGUGAAAUCGGCCAUGGAUGGAUCUUUUUUGAACCCCACGGAACAGCAGUAUUAUUCCUCGUUGUUCAGCACGCUGGACCAUGAGAACGCUGGCCGCGUGAAGACGACGGAAGCGCAAGAGUUCUUUCUUUUGUCAAAGCUGACACCGGACGUUUUGCAGCAGGUGAUUGAAAUCUGUGGAGCGAAUCGUCUGGGCCACUUUGGGCGGAGUCAAUUCUACAUUGCACUCAAGUUGAUAGCAAUGGCACAGAAUGCCAUACCAUUGCCUGUGUCGAAGGAGAUGAUUGGACAAGGCAUUGAAGUACCAUUACCUGUAUUUGGGAUGAAACAAAGCAGUUCUGCCCCAUCAUCACAAGACCCAGAUGAUCCUGGCCAGAUGGAGUUUGUUAAUCCAGCAUUCAUCGAUAAUGUUCCUGAUCGUGGCUUUGCUCUGUCAGGCAAACAUCCACCCACAGACUGGAAUGUGGGUCAGGUGAUCGGCAUGGUAGGGCCCCAGGCCAGCCCUAGAGGACCUGUCGUAUUCCCUCAAGUGGAACAAGUACCAACAAUGUCUCCAACACGGCCCUCAAAUGUACAUGUACCCCCAAACAUUGCUGGCUCACCGCCCCCAUCCUCACCUCGUGACUCCUCCCCCUUCAGUGAGACGCCAGCCAUCAUCUCCCCUCCCCACCCCGUGGGGCUAGAGCGUCAUCAGAGUUUACCAUCCCCCAUCAGUCCCAGGGAACAUCGUCCCAUGUUUGACAAGCAGGGCAGUGUUCCUGGGUAUGGUCCUGUGACUGACGAAGGGUGGGCAUCCUUUGAAAAAGACAGACAAGGGGAGAUACAAGCAACACAGCCAACACAGUCCCUAGACAAUUCCCUGAACAACACCCAAGACACAUCCUGGGCCAAGUUCCCUGAUAGCCAUGGGGAAUCAGGUUCCCAUGGUAACCCCUCAGUGCAUGAUGGGACUGAGGAUGUUUGGUUGAUAACUCCAGAGCAGCGAGUGUAUUACACCAAACAGUUUAUGACGUUACAACCGGACCCUAAUGGUCUCUUAUCAGGUGCUGAUUCUAAAGAAUUCUUUGAAAAGUCCAAGUUACCAACGGCAGAGCUGUCAAAAAUAUGGCAACUUUCUGAUGUUAAUAAAGACGGCACACUGUCACUAGCUGAGUUCUGUACCGCAAUGCAUCUCGUUGUUGCCAGAAAACACAAGGUGGAACUACCCGAGCAACUACCAUCUAGUCUCAUUCCAGUCAUAGGGCCCAAGCAAGAUGAAGUUUUGCAUCCUCUACAAUCAACCCCUGCCAGAAGUGUGACCCAACUGGGCGACAUUUACGGACUCUCCAUUUCCUGCUGCUCCUUCCCCAUCAUCGCAAUCUCCAGCAAACUUUGA